CUGAAAUAACUCCACGUGCUUUGCUGAAGGGCCUACAGAAGUGCCAAGAGGAAGUGAGGAUGGAGGCAGGGAUGAACGUCCUCCAUGACUUUGGGAUCCAAUCGACCCGUUACCUCCAAGUAAAUUAUAAAGACUCCAAGGACUGGUUCAUCUUGGUCUCGAUGCUUGCAGAUCUCAGGAAUGCCUUCUAUGUCCUCUUUCCCAUUUGGUUCCAUGUUCGAGAGGCUGUUGGCAUCAAACUCCUCUGGGUGGCUGUGAUUGGAGACUGGCUCAAUUUGGUUUUUAAGUGGAUUCUUUUUGGACAGCGUCCGUACUGGUGGGUAUUAGACACUGACUACUACAUAAAUACAUCCGUGCCUGUGAUAAAGCAGUUCCCCAUCACCUGUGAGACUGGACCAGGUGAGAUUCCAGCUCUCAUCUCUCAUUGCUGACUUUGUACAAUCAGAAAUGUGAUAAUGACUUUAAAUGGAAUAGAAACUGGUCACUUACUAGGAUCAAAUAAAGUGUACCUCAAAA